UCAACAAAACUGUCCAAUACAGAAAAUAUAUGACAUUUGCGUCAAUUUCCUCGUCAUAAAAAAUAUAAAAAUCUUCAGUAGUCCAAACAGGCAUUUAGAGAAAGUUCCAAAAUGGAUAAUAACAAUGAAGAAGAAAACCACAAAACUGAUUCAGAAGAAACCGAUGGUUCCGCAAACCGAAUCCCCAGCAAAGCAAACAUUUUCUCCAAACAAGAACUCGAAGAGCUGGAAGCCCAAAUAAUCAAAUAUGAGAAACCUGAUUCCAAAAGACCGAGAACCUCGAACAAACUUCCUGGACACGCAGGACCAAGCUAUGAAAAAGACAAUGUUGGAGACGACGUCAAUAAGAAAAGCGAGCAGGACAUCCUCUGUGAAUGCCAUCCAAACGUAACUGGAGCAGCAAUUCCCCAGAUGAUAUCAUUCGAAAGCAUAGCAAGUACCUCUAAACGAGUUUCUGAUGUGAAAGUUGAAGUAGAAGAAGAGGAUUCCGCUAAUGAUGUGAUCAAAUCGCACGCUUCAACAAAUUUGAUACCUUCUUUUGAUGUUGUAGCAAGCAUGUCACGGGAGUCUUUAGGUGGAAGCUCGGGAAGUAACAACAUAGUCAAAAGUAGUAUGGAGGAGGAUAGUGUUGAUGCUAAAAAUAUAGACAAACUGCAUAAGGACCAUGCUACUAAGUCUAAAGUGUCGCAGAAUGUGAAAAAUCAGUUGAAUAAGAAACCUUCCAAAAGGCCCAGCUUGAUACCCAAAUUCUCCAGGGCCAACAGCAGUACAAAACCAGUUAGGGAUUGUGGAAAAAUAGAUCUACUGGUUACUACUAACAAAAGCAACCAACCGAAUCCAUCAAAAAAAUCUAUUGACUUUGCUGGGAAGAAAAGGGUUAUUUCUGAAGAUACCAAACCCACGUCAGCUGGACCAAGUAAAAUAUCUUCCAGGAUGAUGGGUUUACAAGAGAGGUUGAAGGCAACAACAUCCAUGCUACGUAGAAAGUUUGAAGAUGACAAGAAGAAGGAGAGCAAAUCGGUAAAGAGGAUCUCUGAUGAAAUUUUAGCAAGACAAGGAUUGAUGACAAGCACAAAUGUCUCAGAAAGGAGUGUUACAAACAUACUGGAUGAUUUGCUGAGUAAUAUAUCCCAGAUGAAACAAGCGGCCUCGCGAAUUGAAACUAACAGCCCUCAAAAAACGCAGAAGGAGUACGUAGAGAAGUUAUUUAUGAAAAUAUCGGAAAUACAGAAAAUCGCUGACAAACUUUCUGAACUGGAUAGAAAUCCUGCCGUACCAGAAAAUCCCCAAAGUGGCAAUAAGCUUCCCGAAAUGGACCAAAGUUCUGUGGUACAGGAAAGCGUUAAAAUGGACGAACCAAAACUAUCGCAGAAAGCGACUAAAAAGAGUCCCAAAAAAGAAAAUAAAAUAUAUAUCAAGUUCAUGCAAACGAAGGAUAGAAGUAAAGAAACAAAAAGGAAUGUGGAGGAUACACAAAUAGAUAAUACUGAAGGAGUCCAAACUGAUUUGGCGUUAGGAUCGAAACUAACCUCGGAAUCUUUGAAUUCACAAAUAGAAGAGACUAAGACCCAAAAAGAAAUCCCUCUGAAGGAAUCAGACUCCAUGGACGGAGUCUUCAUACCAUCUUGCGAACCCCCAAUGAACACCGAGGAAGAAGAAGAGACGAACGGUCUCGACAUAACGAUCACCUUUCCAGAGUUCACCAGCACUUUGUCUAAUCGUCCCGACUCCCAUCUCUCAGUACGUCUCUCCGACAUCUCCGCCGAAGCUCUAAGACAGCUGAAGAGGUGCCCCAAGGACUUCACCCUGCGCAUGGACUUCGUGCAAGGCAAGGUCCUCUUCCAAUCAGGAAAGUCUGCUGUGAACAACUUCUCCAUCGGCCCGGAUUUGAAGUUCAUCGAGAACGUGGUGGACAACAAAAAGUCGGACAUCAUCAGCAUUAAACCUUCUACAGAAUGUUCUUUCGCGUCGCAGCUAAUUUCCGUAGAGAACGUCAACAAGGAGCUGGGCUCGGGAAGGUCCUUGAGGGCUAUCGAUUCUGAGAUAUUCAGUGUUGUUAAUAUGCCUUUCAUAUAUCGAAAUCCUUCCUCUGUUACGAAAUCUUGCGUGACAUUCAAGAACGAUGGAAUAUUUUCCAUGGCCAUUUUGGCUGGGCAAUUCGUGCGAAGCAUGCCGCAGAUUCCACGUUUGACGAAUAUUUUCGAUGAUGGGUUCAUAGAAAACGUAAAUAAGGCUGCUGGUAGGUAAUAUUAGUGAUCUAAAGUUCUGGAGCUCACCUCACAAGCAACACUUAAAAUCGUGACUUUUGGGGGCAAAAACCACAGCAAAUAACAUAACCUCAAAUAAUGAUUUGGUAUAGAAUGAGAAGUUUUCCUUAUAUCAUAACUGUUUCUUUGAAACAUUUGAAGUUAGUUUGUACACGGAACUCUGAUGAAGUGUAGAAUUUUAAAUUUCAGUAUACCAUCAAGACAACUGCUCUUUCUCCGACAAAAUUAUAUCUG